AGGGCUGACAGAGACCGAGCCUGAAGAGAGGCUAUUUACAUCGCUGCCUUCUCAGGGCACCAGUCAAGUUUCCAUGGGCCGUACGUGCUGCUAAGUAGUGUUGACGCAAGAGAAGAAGGAGCGCUGAGACGAGAUAAGUUGGCAAGUCCCACUUUGAAUCGUGCUCUGUGUUCAGGAGAGAGGGUCGGGCGUCUCUACCCGUUGACUCGCUAAUGCCUGAAGACUGGCACUGCUUUGAUCUCCCCUCUCUCCCAGCUCCUAGCAGAUAAUUGCGCCUUGCUUUUCCAUAGCAGAGGGACUCCCCCGGGAUUUAUCCACGUGCGCUCCCAGCACUUGGUGGCUGGGACGUCUUGGUUUGGUCCUGGCAUUACAGGGUGGCUCAUUCUGAACCAAGAUUAAAAAAAAAAAAAAAGUUUUCAGAAGGGGUAAUGUGAAUUACCUCUGUUCCCAUUUUUUUUUUCCCUUUUAUUGCUUACUAUUUAUUUUGCAUUUGCCCUAUAAAAAUGCUUAGAAGCUCUGCGAAGAAAUUAAAUCUCAGAUUUUCUGCAGAGAACCGUUCAGAGAGACAAGGCAGCCUUUUCGCUCCAUCAGAAGCAAAAGGAAUGGAGCACGUGGACUGGCUGAAGGGACAAUAACGAACCCUUCCCCUUUAACAGCAGGAUGCUAGUGAUGGUAUUGCCUCUGAUCUGACUUGACUUCACAGCUGGUUCAUCCAGCAAGCAUCGUGCCCCAGAGGAGCAAGAAGAUUAUAUAACCUGUUCUGCCAGCAGAGACUUCUCUCCAGCGAGACCGGACUCUGCAUUGGUUCUGAAAGGAGGAUUACAGAACAAUAGUUGGCCUCCCUUCUUUGCCCAGGAAAAAAAAUAAGUCCCCGGGGGAAUGGGGAAAAAAAAAAAAAAAGAAAGAAAGAAAAUCAAACUGCAGCAAACAUCAACUCAUCCAGGCAGCUCCUGCCACCGAGAGAGGAGCUUUUCACUUCGUGUUUGUGCACGGAGGCGUCUGUUCGCGCUGGGGCUCCUGGAUGCUCCCAGCGGAGCAUGGUGGCACCGUCCAACAAAGAAAGAAAGAAAGAAAAAGUUCUGCUUCCCCCAGGAAUGCUUCAGCUGCGGAGCCUCCUCCCGGGCUGCAGCCAGCGGUGGCUUUGGCCAGUGGCUCGGCAGACGGCCUGCGAGCGCCUCUGGUUGCCAAAGCGGGGUGUCCGCAUAGCUGCCGUUGCUGAGAGCCUCUCCGGGAAGGCAGCAUUGUCUGCGGGCAGCAGGGGAAGGAGGGCAGCGCGCGCCAGAAUUCCUGGGCUCCUCACCCUGCAAUAAACUCCCCGCGGUCUCGGAUGAAUCACUUCCAUGCUGCUGCUCCUCGCUAAUCCCCACUCGCGAAGCCGUACCUAGCUCCGAGGAAGAGCCGGGGCCCCGCCGUGCCAGGGGCAGCACGAAGGGGCCUUUCCCUCACCCAGCGGGCCCCCGGCUGUCCCUGGGAGUGCAGGAGGUCUCCCCGAGACAGAGACAGCAACAGCGACGGUGCUGGCACGCCGGUGAUCACGCGGCCUCCCGCAAACUCGAUCAAGGUGGAGAUGUACAGCGAUGAGGAAGCCAGCCGGCUGCUGUCACAGGACGAGCGGAUGCUGGAGAAGGAGGACAGCGUCAUCGUGGAGGACUCGCUCUCGGAGCCCCUGGGCUACUGUGACGGGACGGGCCAGGAGCCGCACUCGCCUGGCGGCAUCCGGCUGCCCAACGGCAAGCUGAAAUGCGACAUCUGCGGCAUGGUGUGCAUCGGCCCCAACGUGCUGAUGGUGCACAAGCGCAGCCACACCGGAGAACGGCCGUUCCACUGCAACCAGUGCGGAGCCUCCUUCACUCAGAAGGGAAACCUCCUGCGCCACAUCAAGCUGCACUCCGGCGAGAAGCCCUUCAAAUGUCCCUUCUGCAACUACGCCUGCCGCCGGCGGGAUGCGCUCACCGGCCACCUGCGGACGCACUCUGUCUCCUCCCCCACAGUCGGCAAGCCCUACAAGUGCAACUACUGCGGCCGCAGCUACAAGCAGCAGAGCACGCUGGAGGAGCACAAGGAGCGGUGCCACAACUACCUGCAGAGUCUCAACACUGAACCGCAGUCGCUGGCCAGCCAGCAAGGUGACGAGAUGCGAGACCUGGAGAUAGUGCCGGACUCCCUGCUUCACCCCUCGUCCGAUCGGCCGACGUUUAUUGACCGGCUGGCGAACAGCCUCACCAAACGGAAACGAUCGACACCUCAGAAAUUCGUGGGGGAGAAGCAGAUGCGAUUCGCCCUCUCCGACCUCCCCUUCGACGUGAACACCGGCUUCGAGAAGGACAUGGAGAUGGUCUCGGCCCACCACCCCCUGGACCCCUCCUACGGCAGCUCCCUGUCCCUGAUGGGAGGGGAGCACCUGCGCCCACUCCGGCUGCCCCCCACAAACUGCAUCUCGGAGGUCACCCCCGUCAUCAGCUCCGUCUACACCCAGGUCCAGCCCCUGCCGGGCCGCCUGGAGAUGCCGGGGAGCCGGGAAGCCGUCGAGGGGCACGAGGACGUGGCGGACGGGGUGCAGGUGGUGUACCGGGGCCGGGAGCCGGGCGUUUCGCCCAGCAACGGCUGCCAGGACUCCACGGACACGGAGAGCAACCACGAGGAGCGGACGUCGCAGCUGCCGGCGGGGAACUGCGCCAGCAGCCGCCAGAGCCCAGCCUACGCCAAAGAGGACCCCAAGGUGCCGGAGGGGCCCCCGGCCGCCCGCUCCACGCCCAGCUCAGCCAAAGACGCCCUGCGCGUGGUCAACGAGGACGGGGAGCAGAUCAGGGCCUUCAAGUGCGAGCACUGCCGCAUCCUCUUCCUGGACCACGUCAUGUUCACCAUCCACAUGGGCUGCCACGGCUUCAGAGACCCUUUCGAAUGCAACAUCUGUGGCUACCACAGCCAGGACCGGUACGAGUUCUCCUCCCACAUAGUGCGGGGCGAGCAUAAAGUCGGCUAAACCUCCCCCCACCCCAAGCCCCCCAGGCCUGACCCCACUCCUCCUCUGUCUCUAGCUCAGCCCCUCCACCCUUAGGGCAUGGAACUGUUGGUUUUUCUUUUAUACUCCUUUGCACUGACUUUGGCUACAAAAAUAUUUAAAAAAAAUAAUCAAUAACUAAAAAAAAAAAAAAAAAAAACCAACCCCGGAGAGGGGGAGCUCUUAACAAUUUGCCUUUUAUAAAUGGAGUUAUUUAAAUAUUAACGGACUUUUUUGUGCUUUCCUCUCCCUCCACCUCCCUCUGUUAUUUAUUGAGCUGCUUAGUUUCUCUUUUUAUAACUUUUUCCACCCCCAAAGUCUCGCUUGAAUUUCUGAGACUGGUCCCCCCCCCCCCAACAUCCCGUGCCGGCCCCGCGGCCGGACCCAACCUCACAUUAGGUGCUAAAACCCCCCCGGGCUGCCCGGCUCCGGCCGCUCCUCUCCCAUGGGUGCCAGGGGGGCUCAUCAUGGGUUUAACACCGGGGGGGGGGGAGGGGGCAAAACCAGGACCCCCUCCUCCCGGCGGGGGCUUCCCCCCCAGCCCCGAGCCCGUCCCUGUCCCGGGGGGCUCGGGGUUGCUCCGAGAAAUGAAGGAAAACCAGAGCCCGGUGGGGCCGGGGCGAAGGCUCCGCUCUCCCUGCGGUUCCCUCCUCUUCCUCGCUGCCCCGGUGUCCCAGCUCGAGGGGCCCUGGGGGGGGGAGCUGCGUUUUUGGGGGCGAUAACCAAAAACGGCGAGCGGGGAGCACCGAGGCCCCCCGGGCACCGAGGUCGCUCAGCAGCAGCUCGCCAGACUGCUCUCCUGAGGUCGAAACCAAAGGCUGUUCUUUUUUCUACAAAAACAAACAAAACCACCUCACGAGUCGGCAACGCCUGUUGCCCCGAUUUGUUCUUUUUUCGCUUGUUUUUUUUUCCUUAAUUUUUUUUUCCUUCUCCUUUCUUGCUUUUCCGUCGGCGGUGUUCGUGUCCUGGACGGCGACGGCGGUGGCACCACGGGGACAGCUCGGGGCCCGUCGGUGCUGGGGGGGCAGCCCUGCUCUGCCGAGCCCCCCGGGGACGAAGCUUCCCCAGCUUCAGGCCUUCGGUGGGCAGCUGCCUUUGGGGGGCUUCGGGGGUCUCGGGGGGGCCACUCGGUGCUGCCUGCCCCCUCCCCGCCAUGUCCCCCGCCCCCAGAAGGGGCUUCAAAAGCAGACCCGGGAGCUCGGCUGCCCCCAAGCUCGGCCUUUUCUUUCCGUCUCUUUUCUUUUACCUGUAAGAGAGUCUAAGACAAAUGUAGGAAUUUUGUAAAACUCCAGGUCGCUUUACUGUGUAAAUAUCUAUAUUUUUUAAUCAGAUGUAUGAAGAACAAAACGAUGAUGUGCAAUACCCCGCCCCUCCCGGCUACGGCCGCUCCUUCCUUCCCGACGAGUUUUCAGUUGUAGAGCGUUCAUGGAUUUGCUGUCGUCUUGGUUUUCCCCUUUUUUGUGAGGUUAGACUCGCUUUUGGACAAAACAACCCCCCCCCCCCGAGCUCUUACCGCAGCAGCUUUUUGUAUCUGUAAGAUAUUGUAAGUACCUAUUUGUGUAAUGGAGAUCUACUACUGUAAGUUUUGUACUGUACUGGCUGAAGGUCUGUUAUAAAUAAACCGGAGUAAU